GGCAUACUAAAGGGCUAUUGCAAGUCAGCCAUUGCUGUGUUCGUGGCCGUGUUAGUGAUAGAAACUAGGGCAGUGAAUAAGACGUUUACUACAGCGUUUCGAAUUAAUUGGAGGAAUCUGUAGACUUCUGAGUGUAACAGUUGUCUGUUCAUCUACAUAUAGAUACGAGGAUUAAUACGAGCUGGAUAUGUCCUUCAUAUUUGAGUGGAUUUAUAGUGGUUUUAGUAAUGUACUGCAGUUUCUUGGACUGUACAAAAAGUCGGGUAAAUUAGUAUUUCUUGGGCUGGACAAUGCUGGCAAGACCACACUACUGCAUAUGCUUAAAGAUGAUCGACUGGGGCAACAUGUGCCAACCUUGCAUCCUACUUCAGAGGAGCUGACGAUUGCUGGUAUGACCUUUACCACCUUUGACCUUGGUGGCCAUGCACAGGCUCGAAGAGUGUGGAAAAACUACCUUCCUGCAAUCAAUGGCAUUGUCUUCCUCGUUGAUUGUGUAGACCAACCGAGACUGGCUGAAUCCAAAACAGAACUUGAUGCACUUAUGACCGAUGAAACUAUUGGAAAUGUGCCUAUUUUGAUUCUUGGUAACAAGAUCGAUAAGCCAGAGGCCAUAAGUGAGGAGAGACUUCGUGAACUGUUUGGGUUAUAUGGCCAGACAACUGGCAAGGGUAAUAUUCCUCUGAAAGAACUAAAUACCAGACCACUGGAAGUGUUCAUGUGCAGCGUUCUAAAGAGACAGGGAUAUGGGGAGGGAUUUCGCUGGCUUUCACAAUACAUUGACUAGACGUCCUACUUCAAGGAGGUGCACCAGGAACUGCCUAUCAAAAUUCCACCUCAUAUUUCAUAUUCACUUCUUGUUCAGCCUGCCAACACUCUCAAAAAAAAAGAAAAAAAAACUGCAGUAGUCACUCAGUACAACUUGAUUUAAAUAAACUUUUAUAGGGUAAGACAUUUAAUCCAACACUUAUUUUUCUUAAAGCUUUUCUAAAGGAAUUGCGUAUUAUUGUCUCAGUUUCCAAGCCAAAUAGAUUAAUUUUCCCAUAAUAGUUUCUUUUGAAUUUUUUUUUAUAUAUGUAAAAAUAUAUAGUAUCAAUACAUAUAAUUUUAGUGGUAUUGUCUGGCCCAGUUUAUGCUUACCGAUAUGAGACAUUAAAAAAGUAGUUUGAAGCCAUUGGCAAAUUCAGUUUUAAAGGGAUGCAUGGUUUAGAUUUUUUUUUAUUAUCUCUACUUGCAAUAUGUUAUGAAACUGCAGUCAUUUUGAAUAUUGUAGCUGUUUUAUUGAACAAAACAACAAAAAGCUAACAAAAAUUAAAUGUCAUGCCGCUUUACCCAGUUUAAGAUCCCUUUUUAAUGUGAUUGACAACUCAAACAUGGAUCUAUGCAGAAUAUCUAGUACAGAUGAAAUGCAAGAUAUCGAGAAUAUUCUGAUAAUACUGGAAAUAUUACUAAUGAUUCUAAUAUUUCUUUGGGUUUGAGAUCAAAAGAAGAAUGAGAUCAGAAUUUUACAUGGCCUCCAAGUGGCGCAGUGGUAAAGCGCUCGCCCCAUCAUCCGGAGAUCACGAGUUCAAUUCCCAGGUGGUGAUGUACCCUCUCGCAGCCGGGGGCCGAGCUCUCUUAGAGGGGAGGGAUGAGAGGUACUUGGUGCUCUCACAUUAAUCACGGCUCUACAGCUAAUCAGGGGCCUCUGUGAGCUCACGCAAGCGGAAGGAGCAGAUAACACUGCCCCCAUUGGUGUGUGAGCGAGCAGUUCGAAAAAGAUGCGGUCUUGGCUGGCGUCACGUGGUUCGGAGGAAACACGUGAUGGUCUUCGGCCCUCCCAACUGAGUGGUUGUAGUUGGCUGAAUGUGGGAGCCCCCUAGUGACGGAGAGGAAUUAAACAUGACUAAAUUAUAGAGAAAAUUCAGCCUCAACUUUCUGAUAUUUAAAGCUGUUUAAAAUAUGAUGUCUGAAUACCCCGUUUUGUUUAUGAACAAAAACAAAUAGAUUAAAAUAUGCAUUUUCUCCAUUAAUAAAAGGAACAUAAUAAAACAAACAUUUAAAGGAAGCUGUGAUACAAGCCUAAAAAAGCAUUAAAUAGAGAUGACAUCAAAUCUUUGCAUACUUAUUUGGGUUUGUUAUAUGAAGUUUCUUUCUUCAGGAUGCAUGCCCAAUGAAGUUAGGGUCGGGUGAUAGGUUUUAGACUAUCCAAGUAUUUAACUUUUUUUCCUUUCUGAUAUGUUCUCUUAUUGGUUUGCAGUAUAUCUUUGGGUCAUUGUCUUGUUGCAUGUUGAAGUUCCUCUUAAUUCAAUUGGAUGCAUUUCUCUGUAAAUUAUCUGACAAAAUGUUUCUAGACUUCGGAAUUAGUUCUGCUGCUACCGUCAUAAGUUACAGCAACAAUAAAGAAUAGUAAACCAAUUUCAGGAGCAGCCAUGCAAGCUUAAGCCAUGACAAUGACUGGAUCAUGCUUGACUAAUGAUAUAUUUUUAAAUCAUGAGCAGAGCUUUUUCUUACUUCACAGUUUGCCCUUUCUCUUAUUUUACUAGAUGUUAGUCUUGGUUUUAGAUCUUUUUUUAGAUCCCCCCUGCUCUUCUUAUUCUUAUAACUGCUCAGUACUUUGCAUCUUGUAAUAUUGCCUUCUAUUUUGUGCUCUAGGAGUCUCUUUUACACAGUGGUAUAUGAUGCAUUCAUCUCUGCCAUUGAAGAUUUUAAAACAAAAACAUUGACUGUUUUGGGGGGUUUUCCUUACAGCAAUCGAACUGUCAGUAACUGCUGCUGUUUUAUCAGCCUAUUCGAUGUCUCUCUGUUGUACACCACCAGUUCUUUUUUUUUUAGGAUAUUCUAGAUUCAAGAUUCUCUGGUUUUAAACAGUGGGUUCAAACAAAGGUGCCAUGUCAAGUUAUUUAACACGUAUUUAAAUGUAUAUAUCAGGAAAUUAACUCUUUUUAUUUUAUUUCAACCCCAAACAUCUUCACCGAAUUAAAAACAAAUAAAAGCAGAAUUUGUGUGUAAUGCUUUUGAAGGGGACUGCAAAUCACCUGUCAAACAUCUAUGGUAUAUGCAGCAUGCAACUAAAGGAGAUUUUAAAAACAUGUAAAUUGGAAGCAGUUAUCCUCAAAUAAAAAUAUAAUUUAGACUUUGGAAGUCAUUUUUAAGGUGGUACAAGUAAAUGUUUCUGUUCUUCCUUGGUGUAUCAUUUCAUGAGCUGUUGCAUGUAAUGGAGAAAUUCCACAUUAUAAAAAUUAUUACAUAUUUAAUAAAUAUAAAAUGGUAAAUUCUUAAAGUGACACAUUGCUUUUUCUACAGUAUGCAUAAUAACUGAAGGGUUUUAUUGCAAUCCCACUAUCUGUAUUUGUAUUCGGUGUCCAACACAACAUUUUCCCUGACUGGCCCUUUGGGGUCCAGGGGGGGCCAGUAUAUCAGUUUUUUUACUAGCCUAAUUAUCUAUCUAGCACCAUACAUUUGUAAUGAUUUAUCCAAAUGACAAAUUUAAAAAAGUAUAUAUUUUACUUAAUCUACAAGUCCUAAACACUACCCAGUAUCGCUACUCUACAAAGUGUACAUCCAGAAGUUAAGCUGUGAAUUUUGCUCGCCUGCCAUUUGCAGAUCUGCGCGAUAAAUUGAUUAUUUAGACCAGCCUCCUAAUAUAACAUUCUAUCUAGUAGGCUAGUUUAGUUGAUUUUCACCACUCCAGUGGUAAAAAAGCAACAAAAUCUUCCUAAUUAAGUGUUAACUUUGUAUGUUUUGGGAGCUAGCGAAUGGGCAGAGGUGGAAAGUAACGAAUUACAUUUACUCGCAUUACUGUAAUUGAGUAGUCUUUGUACUUCUACUUUUUAAAGUAGUUUUUAAAAUCUGUAAUUUUACUUUUACUCAAGUAUGUUUUGUUUGAAGUAUUGUACUUCGCUACAUUUGAAAUCAUAUUCGCUACAGAGUAAAAAAUAAAUGAAUAAAAAUAAAAAAGAAAUUGGUAAAAAUAAUUUUACAGGAAGGAAAAAGAAAUUGCACCCCGGAAACCACUGCACUAAUUGAUCGAUGGAUGGGAAGAACAGAUGCACUAAAUAUGAACUAUGGAGGCGGACAAAACAGAUGCCAGUGAUGCAGACCCAGCUGAAAGCGAACUGCCAUCAAAUUCUAAUGAGUAACCCCCUGGCCUUUGUACUAUGUUGUAUAUCACAUUAUGUAUGUACGAUGCCCUUUUAAGAGUUGCCACCCCUCUACCAGUGUGUGCAUUGCGAAGGCGUGUGCGUAAGAAGGAGAGGAGCUCAGGGAUGCUGUUUACCCCUGAAACACUCUAUUCUUUUACCUUUUUCUUUACUUUUACUUUGUUUUGUACUAUAAUUUUUUAUGCUGGAAGAGGCGGAUAAAGGUUAUGUGCUAAACAUAAUUCAUGGCUCGGAGCAAAAGUGUUCCUUCAAUUAAAAACAACUACUUUGAGAUUUAUAUCUGCUUGUCUUUUUUUAACUACUCCAGAAUCCCCCAUCCCAUCCCGCUGUAAAAAAAACAAGGGAACUAACUUUUACUCUGAGUAAAUUUUUAAUGAAUCUUCAACUUUUUACUUUUACUUGAGUAAAUUUUUAUAAUGGUAACUUGAGUAAAAUUUCACCGAAGUAACUGUACCUUCACUUGAGUACAAACGUUCUCUUUCCAUCUUUGUGAAUGGAAUUGACCCUGCAUGUAUCCCAGAACUGGAAAUACACAUUAACCACCCUUAUAAAUGUAUCUACUUUCACAGCUUAUAAAGUUUAUAUGCUGCUUUAACAAUGUUUAUGAAGCAUAUGCACAGGCUGCGUUUUUUCCCCCCUCCCCCUCCGUUUCAAAAUCAUGGUGAGGUUUCGCAAACUUUGCAUAUAUCGCAGAGCUAGUGUCAAGCAGAUUUCGCCCUCGGCCCUCUUGGCUAGUUUGUAGCACAAGAACCUCCCCUUAAGUACGCGCAAUGUUUCAGAUGGUAUGGCAAGUGUAAACACUUAAAUCGGAUAUGGUUCAUAGUUGAAAGAACGUGUAAACAGACGGUCAAAAAAAAAAAAAAACAGAUAUAGGCAACAAAAAUUAUUUUUAUUAUUUUUAUAUUAACUAUUAAAUAUUAAGGGAAUUAGUUAGAAAAAAAUAAGUUAAUUAGCAGUCAAUCUAGAA